AUGGCUAGUUUUCCUAUUCAAGAUAAUAAAAGCCAAGUGGAAAUAACCCUCUUAUCUUUGUGUUUCUCCAAAGGUAACAUUAUUGGCUCUGGGAUAUUCAUCUCACCUAAAGGAGUAUUGGAGCAUGCAGGCUCCGUGGGGCUGUCACUCAUCGUCUGGGUUUGUGGAGGGGGGAUCUGUGCCCUUGGCUCCCUGUGCUACGCUGAACUUGGUGUCACUAUCCCAAAAUCUGGAGGAGACUAUUCAUAUGUGACAGAAAUCUUUGGAGGGCUAGUAGGCUUCCUGUUGUUAUGGAGUGCCGUCCUCAUCAUGUAUCCGACAACGCUGGCUGUCAUCGCGCUCACCUUCUCCAAUUACGUCUUGCAGCCGGCCUUCGAGGACUGCCUGCCACCGUACAUCGCCACCAGACUCCUCGCCACCAUCUGUAUCUUAUUCCUGACCUGGGUGAACUGCUCCAGUGUGCGCUGGGCGACAAGGAUCCAGGAUGUUUUCACUGUAGGAAAACUGCUUGCUCUGGUACUCAUCAUAGUGGUCGGACUCAUCCAGAUCUGUCGAGGUCACUAUGACGCCCUUCGGCCCAGUGUGGCCUUUAAAUUCAGUCAGGACCCCUCAGUGGGACAGAUAGCGCUGGCCUUCCUUCAGGCCUCCUUCGCCUACAGCGGCUGGAACUUCCUCAACUACGUCACAGAGGAAGUCGUGGAGCCACGCAAGAACCUGCCCCGUGCCAUCUACAUUUCCAUCCCACUGGUGACCCUUGUCUACACUAUGACCAAUAUUGCCUACUUCUCCUCCAUGACCCCCGAGGAGCUGCUGGCCUCCAACGCUGUGGCAGUGACAUUCGGGGAGAAGCUGCUGGGGAUGUUUUCCUGGGUGAUGCCGAUCUCUGUAGCGCUGUCCACCUUUGGAGGAAUCAACGGAUAUCUGUUCACCUCCUCCAGAUUGUGUUUCUCAGGCGCCAGAGAGGGUCACUUGCCUUAUCUGCUGGCUAUGAUCCACCUCAAGAACUGCACUCCUAUCCCCGCCCUGCUGGUCUGCUGCACUGCCACCAUAUUCAUCCUGUGCAUCGGAGAGACACACAACCUGAUCAACUAUGUGUCCUUUAUCAACUAUUUGUCCUACGGCGUAACCAUUGCUGGCCUCCUCUACCUCCGCAAGAAAAGACCCAACCUGGUCAGACCCAUCAAGGUAAGCAUGUUGGUCCCCAUCGCCUACUUGAUAUUCUGGGCUGUGCUGCUGUGCUUCAGUCUGUACUCUGAGCCGGUGGUUUGUGGCCUGGGAAUGGUCAUCAUGCUGUCUGGAGUCCCUGUAUACUUUGUGGGUGUUCAUUGGAAGGACAAACCCAAAUGUGUCUACCGGCUAGUCGAAAGAGUCACAUACAUGGGCCAGAAGGUGUGUAAUGUGGUGUUUCCUCAGGAAGACCUUUCAGAGACUGAACCCCUCACUUCCUCCAAAGCCACUGACUGAGCAAUGCAGUCAACCGGGAAUUCCCUUUUUACAUCGGGACUUGCAUUUACAUUUUUUUUAUUUUUUGCGUUACAAUGUUUCACAUCGGUUAGUUUGUGGAUGUUGAAGGAAAAGGUUUUCGUCCAUGUUCUUGCACAGGUGCAGCCUGAAUGGGGCCGCGAUGAAGCUCCAGUAUAAAAGAAGUGGAGGGUUACACUUAGGACAGUAGCACGUUAAACCCUAAAGCCCCGAAAUAUGAUUUUACUAGUUGGUUGAUACUGUUCCUCCAUUCUCCUCGCCAGUAUGCUGAAAGAUCUUUAUCUCAUCUUCUCCCUUCUACUCACUCAAAGAACCUCUGUCCGUCAUCUUCUGCUUCACUGCCAAGAUAUGCUUCUUUUAUGAUUUUAACUAAAUCCCUGAGCUAAUUAAUGUGCCUUAUGAAACGCAUGUGUUGGUGUAGUGGAUUGGUUUGUGCGGGUAUUUUGAUAGUGUAAUAUCUUAUUGAGGUAAAUAUGCAAGCAGUUUCUGCACUUAGCAAUACUUCUCUAUUACUGCUGCUACCUUCAGCUCUGUUUAUUCACUAAUUAUUCACAUGAUCUUUACUGUUUUUCAACUAUGGAUUAAUACUUUUUCUGUCUGUAUCUCUGCUUGGCCACAGUAUCAGGCCAUUCUUUUUACUUUACACCCCGUUCUCUCUUUUGUUAUAUAUACUAUAACACUACAUUCUCCUGAGAGAUAAUGUGGGUGCCAUCAUAUUAUUAUUAGAGAUUGCAUACUCAUCAUUCCCAGCAAUAUUUACAGCACAGGGGAGACGGGAGAACGACGGGAAGUCAGUGGCCGUCAGCUGAACGAAUGGCUCGCGGAAAUGAACGAGUUGCAUCGUUACAACACGUGUCGACGGGCUGUUCUGCUUUGGAAAUGUUCUAAUCUUUAGGAAUGCCACUCUGAACUCUCUCAAGGUGCUUGACCCACCAGGACAGUUAUUCCAUUUCAGAUUCCUCACCUGAUGUUAUGAUGCAGCGCUAACAUGCUGUUGAAUGACACAUCUGUAUUGACAGAUCUAUUGGUAGCUGGCAGUGGAUGUUUACUUGUGCACGGGCCUGCUCACACUUCCCCAAAGACACAUCACUGAAAUUACCCCAGGCUCACCGACUUUUUAUAGAUCAGCUGUCUUGCUAUGCUACUAUUGAAUAUACUGCUCAAAAAAAUAAAGGGAACACUUAAACAACACAAUGUAACUCCAAGUCAAUCACACUUCUGUGAAAUCAAA